AUGGUCAAGUCGGACGUAGCAUUCAUGCGUCUCGCCAUCUUGGAGGCGCAUUGCUCACAACCGUCCGAAAACGCUUACUGUGUAGGCUGCGUUGUGGUACGCGACGGCAAUAUACUGAGUUCCGGGUUCUCGCGCGAGCUGCCGGGCAACACGCAUGCAGAGCAGGUGGCGUUACAGAAACUCAACUUUGAGGCACAAGGAGCUACCGUAUACACUACAAUGGAGCCAUGCAGCGAAAGAGUGUCUGGAAAAGUACCAUGUGUACAGAGUUGUCUUCGUGCAGGGGUUACUCGUGUGGUCAUCGGCGUUAUGGAACCAAAGACAUUUGUCAUCUGUGAGGGAGUGCGACUACUCAAAGACGCGGGGGUGGACGUUAAGCUUCUCAAAGGACUUGAGGCCGACUGCCUUGCUCCGAACGCGCACCUCAAUCUGAGACUGAGUGGAUAA